CAACAUCCGGGGAUUGUUCUGCGACGUUUCUCUGUUUUGCAGCGGGUGGAAACUUGUGUAGUCUUUAUGUUCAUAUUUCUCCGUUAUGCAAGCGUGUACAUUUUCGUGAACAUUAUCAGGUGGUACUUUGGUGUGUGUGAAUUUUGUUUGUAUAGAUUAGGAUAGUAUUUGUUGUAUUGAAAUCGAAACAUGGGCGGAGGGAAAAAAGACGAGAAGUCGGCGCACACUAGCUGCUCAGCAGAGGUUCAGAAGUGUGAGCAAGAAGAACAGCCGGUCGAAACUGGGACAGUAGCAGAAGCAGCGACAGCGCCUCUGCCGCCGGCACCAGCAGCCGAGGAGAAAGCAAAGGAUGAGGAGGAGAAGGAAGCGCUCUCGAGUGCAGGCUCCUCCGCGAGCAACACGGGCAGCGAGGAGGGAGGAGGAGGAGGGGGAGGUGAUGGCGGAGGCGGAGGCGGCGGCUCGGAGGAGGGAGACGGCGGCGGCGGGUCGAGCCGAGAGGGCACGCCGGGGCCGCUGCCGGAGUACCAGUACAGCCGCAGCGACCUGCUGAAGAUGCGCAGCCUCGGCGUCUCCAAGAAACGACCCGUCUUCCUCUCCAAGGCCUUCGACUCUGCCAGCGGACUGUGGGACCCGGACCGCUGGUGCACCGGCAAGACCCGCGUCGACUCUCCCUUCGACAAGGAGGGCCGGCCGAAGCGAGAGCAGCUGCCCGACCUCGACCGCGAACUUGGUCUGAAGAGGAAGACUUCAGAUCCGAAGGAGCGUCUGCGUGAUGAGGAGCGAGACGACAUCGUGCUGAGUCCGCAGCGUCGCAGCUUUGGCACGGGCUGCCACGUCGAGCCCGGCAUCUCGCGCUCGCUCGGCCGCCGCCCGACCACGCCCUCCGAGUCGACGCGCGCUGGCGACGACAGCUACAGGGACCGGGACCUGCGUGAGAAGGAGCCCGGGGGUCAGCGGCGCGUCGGCAGCGGCCGCAUCGUCAGCCGCGACCCGCGCGACCUUCGCGACCGCGACGCACGCGACCGCGACGCACGCGACCUCCGCGACCGCGACGCGCGCGACCUCCGCGACGCCCCCUACGAGCGCCGCGGCGGCGGCGGCGGCGGCGGGCGCUACGACCGCGACGACGGCCGCGACUGGAGGCAGGACCGCGAGCGCGACGCCGCGCCGCGCGGCUUCAAGCGUGACUACGCGGCGUCGGAGCGACGCGGAGGAGGGGAGCACCGGUCGGGGCGCGGGCAGCGGCACGCGAAGGAGGAGGAGGAGCCGGAGUGGUUCUCGGCGGGUCCGGCGUCGCAGCACGAGACGAUCGAGCUGCACGGCCUCGACGAGCACGAGAAGAAGAGGAAGGGGAAGCCCGCGGCGGCGAGGAGGGAGGAGCCGGAGAGGGAGGAGGCACGCAACGCGGAGGAGGCGACGGGGAAGAAGCAGAAGGAGAGUCGGGCAGAGAAGGCUGGGAAGGAGGCACCGAGCAAAGACUCGAAUGCGUCAGUGGAAAAGAAGCAAGAGGGAAAGACGGAGCCGGUGGAGAGGCCUCCCCCUGCAGCGUCGCGCGACGGCAGUCAGGCGGAGAAGGCGCCGACGCAGCAAGGCGACAACUUUGACUUCAAUCAGUUCUUCAACAUUGACGGGCUGCCAGGAUUCACGUCUAACCUGACGAACCUGGAAGCUGAGGACACGAGCGCGCGCGGCGGUCAGUCGGUCAGCCGCUUCAGCCACUGGUUCCACCGGCAGGACAGCCACGGUGGGAGUGGGGGCGGUGGUGCGAGCAGCCACAGUGGCAGCCGGCGAUCAUCAAUGCAUGAGGAGCUGUUACUCUACGACAUGCUGAACGACCUCGACGGCAACAAGAGCCCCGUCAUCGCGUCGCCGACGCCGGACUUCCCCAACCAGCAGCACGUCUUCAACAUCCCAUACGGAGCUCCCCAUCAGCAGCAUCAACAGCAGCAGCAGCAGCAGAAGCAACAUCAACAGCAUCAACAGCAGCAGCAGCAGCAGCAUGGACAGGCAGGGGUCGCGAUGGGAUCGGCGUCGCUGCAUGGUGGUCUUGCACCGCUGCUUGCUUCACAGCAUCAGCAGCAGCAGCAGCAGCAGCAGCAGCAGCAGCAGCAACAUCAGCAGCAGCAGCAGCAGCAGCAGCAGCAGCAGGGUGUGAACAUCCUCUCGCUGCUGCAGGGCGCUGGCGCGCACAUCAACGAGAAUCUCGCAACGAACAACAGCUUCCUGAAGGAGCAGAUGAUGGCGGCAAGGCUAAGAGCUGCGGAGCCCUCGGGGAAAGGCCAGCAUGCAGGGCAUGGUCGAUGGGCGGCGGCGCGCGGCGGGGGGCGGAUGGCGGGCCGGCAGCAGCAGGAGAUGGAUCGUCUUCAGCAGGCUGCUGAGACGGUGAAGGCAUACACGGAACAGCUGGAAACGACGCUCGUCAAGCCCGGCCAGGGUGAUUUGCAGGCUCACGCCGGUGGAGCCCCGGCAGGGCAGCACCACAGUCCAGGUUCCCGGCCCCUGCACGGCCGCCCGAUGCAUGAGCAGGACCUACUAAAGGAGCUGCUUCCGCCGACCACGACGACCGCGGCGGCGGCGGCGCAGGCCGCUGCUCAGGCGGCGGGCAUGAGCAAGCUCAACGUUCCCAACACCCUGCCGCUGAUGAAUCCCAACCGACCGAUGACGCCGCAGGAGCAGCAGCUUGUCAGCUUCCUGCGCGGACAGCAGCAGCAGCAGAUGGCGCCCUCUGUGGUGAUCCAGCGCUCGCCGUCGCCGCAGACGCCCACCAAUCAGGGCCUGCCGCUGUCGUUUCAGGGAUUGGUCGGCCGCGGGGCGUCGCCGCACGACUUUCUUCACCUACACCAGCAACACCUGCACCAGCAGCAACAGCAGCAGCAGCAGCAGCAGCGGAUCCCAUCGCCGCUACCAGGGUUCAUCCAGCAGCCGCCCGCGCUACCUCACGCGCCGUCGCCCGUCUAUCCCGGGCAGAUGGGUCAGAGCAGUCUGCAGGGUCCGCCGGUCGGUCUUAACGUGCCACAGUCAACCUCACCGAUCCCACGAGUGCCCUCACCCCAGGAGCUGAUUGUGCACACGCAGAACAUCAUGCAGAAUGCGCUCAUCAAGAAGAAGCUUGAGGAACAGAAGGAGAACUACCGCCGCCGCCAGCAGGUGGAGCUGCAGCGCUCUAAGUCGCCCGUCCAACAGCAGCAGCAGCACGGUGGAGGCGUAGGAGGAGGGCGCCAGCAGCAGACGAGCGUCAACGCGGCGUUCACUCCGACCAGCGUCAUGAAGAAUAUGCACAAUCACCGCGCCGACGACAAGCCAGUCGGGGCGCCGCCUCCCAAUAUGCAAGACCCACUGUCGCCGCAGCGCGGCAGUCCGAUGUCUCCCCCACGCAUCAGCGCCGGCCAGGCCUUGCUCAAGAUGUCCGCCGCCCAGCAGCAGCAGCAGCAGCAGCAGCAGCAGCAGCAGAUGCUAGGUGGCGCCGGGCGUCCGAUCGUGAAGGGCGGCGGCGUGCAGACGUCCCCGCCGCACCAGCCGCGCCUCAACCUCCCGCAGCAGACGCUGCUGCCGCAGGGGAAGGGUCUCGGCAUUCCCGGAGGCGGAGGUGGAGGAGGCGGCGGCGCCAUGGCGACGCAGGCCGACAUCGGGAAGCUGCUCGAGCAGCAGCAGCGCCUCCUGGUGGCGCAGCAGCAGCAGCGCGCGAUGAACGCGUCGCCGCUGCCACAGCGCUCUGUCGCCAUCGUGCCGCCGCAGCCGAUCGUGCCGCCGCAGCAGCUGCCGACGCCAGGGGGCGCCGGCGGGGCGAUGACGCCCGCGCAGGCGGCGCUGCUGUUGCGCAACAUGAUCAACCCGACGACGCUGCGGCACAUGCAGCAUCUCGCCGCCGCGCAGCAGAUGCGAGGGGGCGUGGCCGGCGGCGGCAGCGGCGGGAUGGACCCGCGGCUCCGCGGACUGAACCCGCUCGCCUUGCAGCAGCUGCAGCUGCAGCUACAGCAGCAGCAGCAGCAACAGCAACAACAGCAGCAGCAACAGCAGCAGCAGCAGCAGCAGCAGCAGCAGCGAGCGAUGCACGGUCUGAGCCUGAACCUGCCCGUCGCGGCAUCGUCGGCAUCGUCAUCCUCCCUCGCCUCUCCUCAGAUGUCCGUCAGCCGCUCGUCGCCCGUCGGACUCGCCAAGUGGUUCGGCCAGGACGUGCUGAAGCAGGCGCCCCCUAUGCCGCAGCCGCAGAAGGCGCUCACCGUCGACGAACUCGAGAGGCUCUCGCAGGUCGCCGGAAACUAGCGGGCGCCACCGCGUUUUUUGAAGGUCGCGAGAUUUGUCAGUUAGUCGUUUUUUAGCGAGUUUUCCAGAGUUUCCAGGGUUCAAAACGUAGAGAAAUGAAUCGUCGCGACAAUUUGUCGAGUAGUUAAGAAUGAAGCGCGAGCGAGGCGAGCAGUGCUGUCAGAGCGGUGCCGAGUAUAGAGACCAAAAUCACCCUUUAUGUGUUCACGUGUGUAUAUGUGUGUGCGUUUGUCUGUGUGUGUGUGUGUGUAUGUGUGUGUGCGUUUGUGUGUGUGUGCGUGCGCGUGCGCGUUUGCACGCGUGUGUUUGUAAAUUGGGUUGAACGAGCAUUCGUGUAAACGACUUUUUUCCCUCGUAUUGUUGCUGUCGUUGUUGUUGUUGUUGUUGUUGUACAUUAUGGUUAUUUAUGGUUACACGCAGGACAAAGACAUUCUGUUGCUAUUUACGUCUGAACUUUACAGUCGGCAUUUACGAAAAGCUCAAAAGGGAAAAAAUGUGUGUAAAAAGACGUGUGUGCAUCUCUCAGUACUAACUAAGGGCGGGCAGGUGCAGCGUUAUUAGGUGCAUGCGUACGCUCCUAAGUGUUUGUGGUUUAUUUCGUAGGUUUUUUCAUUUCUAUUAAUGCUUUGAUCGUUUCACUGAUUAUGGAUUACCAGUGUGAUAUGGUUCAACGAUUGCGUGCCACGUAGCCCAGGUGGGCUUGUAGACUGUUAGAGUUGACUCGUGGGAGGGGGGUUGUGCUGCCCUGCUGCGCUGACCAAGGAGUUGUUGCCAGGUCGUACAUUCAGCUUUGUUUGAGGUAGCCCUACCAGUGUAGCUGCAUUCCUACUACAGCAAAUCCCUGCAACAGUAGUGAAGGGGCUACACUGGCAGAGAGCUAGCUUCAUGGCUUCGGCUGAGCGGUCUCGUUAAGCAAAUUAGGGCUAGAAUUCAAGCGAUUAGGGCUUUCGAGGCGGAAUUCAAGCUGCAUCUUGAACUUUGUCCGAGUCUAGGCGUUCCCGUCGUUGACGUUGUUCGUAGAGUGCGCGUUUCUUUGUGUUUUGUGGUGCAAGGUGAGCAUGGCCCCGCGCUGGCGCAUGCGUCGUGUUUGUCGGUAGUGAGUAGUGGAGCGCCGGAGCCUCUGCCUUCCCGCGCGCGAGGAUGCAACGCGAUGGCGCGAAAUUUAGAUUCGCGUCGCCGAGCAAAUUAAAUGCGCGGAGGAGGAUGCAACGAGAUACGGCGUCCGUGCUUACGGAGGGGUAAGGAGGAUGCAAGGUUCAUAGUGACAGCGGUGAUGUUCGGGCGCCGACGUUACAAGCAUUUAUCGUUUACGGCGCUCUUAAAUAAUAGUUGUUAGUGGGUAUUUUUGCAAUAGUACUCGCGGUGUAGUGAAGCUAGUACUGCCCUUUAGUAACCUUACCCUCCCCCUCCCCACCAGCGACACGCACUCACUUUCUCUCUGUCUCUGUGUUUUGUUCACCCUCCGUGUUGCCGGUUUGCAAUUAUCGUGUGUGUGUCUAUAUAUAAACUAGCUUCGCGCCAUAUCAGAUCGUCAGUAGUGUGUUUGUGCGCGUGUUUGUGUUUUGUGUUUGUAGUAGAUGUCUGUGCUUGCGUGUGAGAGCGCUUGAGUACGAUUUCCUUCUAAGUUUAACGUUCUAAGUUCUAAGUUCUAAGUUCUAAGUCAAGAGUCGACUUAACAGUGAUGUCGUUUGUUUGUUCGCUAAACAUUGUACAGAUUGCGCCUACCAGGUGGCUUGUUUUGCAUUGUCGGUGGCGCCCUCGAGUGAUGGGCGGAGUAACUUCGGCGUGUGUUUGCCGGCUCAGCCACCCUUGUAUAUAUAGGAUACUCGUUUUUUUGCUAUUUUUUUCCUGUGUUGCUUUCGGUGAUUGAUGUACUUUAAUUCGGGUUUACAGAUUUCGUGCGAGAGAGAGAGAGAGCGAGAGUGAGAGUGAUAAAGAGAGAGAGAGAACGAUAAAGAGAGAGAGAGAGAGAGAGGUUGGGGGAAGGAGCAAUGUUAGCUUGUCUCCCCGUUACUAGUUACUGGUUACUGUCGUGUGUGCAGCACGCUCUAGGCGUAUAGAUUCCCCUGUGUUGUCCCCGUUCAGGUACGCUCAGGAGCAGUUGACGCUGGCAGCGCGGCCACAUCGCAUGCUCUUGUUUGUCGUUUGUCUUCGAUUUUUGCCUCGGAGAAUUUUUCCCGCAAGACAGGUGCGACACUAUAGCGCGUCGGCUCCAGCGGUAGUUUUUUUGCUGCUAAUGUUUUUUUUCCGUUAUUCAAAUGCGACUAGCGUGUCUUGGGCCCACGUACUGUUAUGUUCCGUCGUGAUAUAUGCUCAUGUAUGAUUUCCUGUGGUUUUUUUUUUCAGUGUCAGUUUGUGUCGCGAGCGGUUUUUUCCGUUUAAGCGUUGCUCGCGCGAGAGCGUUCUUUUGUUUUGUGUGCAGAAAUCACGCGCGCGUGCGUCCGAGUGUCUUAAGUUUUCUAGUAUGUUCGUUAUGGCGUUGCAAGCUUUCUGAUCCCAUCAAUGUAUUUAUUUUGCCAAAUUGAUGUGGGUUGAAAAAAAAGUGCUGGGACCGAGCAUUCCGCUGUCGUGAUUGUAAAUAUGAGUUUGAUUUUUCCCCCGCGGCGCACAAAUCUUCGGGAGCUCAAGGUUUGUUCCCCUUCCUUUUCUUUGUUUUUGUGGUAAUUUUUCGCUUUAUUUUUACCCGCUGGAGGUACGUACAUUCAUUUAUUCAGCGACGUAAGUGUAGGAAUAUUGCUGGAAGGGGUGCGACGGAUAUUCGCAGGUCUUGACUUUCCGGAGUACGAGAUACCUCCCUCACCUCCUCCCCAGCUAUAGGCGAAAGACGGCGGUUAGGGUACGCUUUAUGCUGGCUCUCGUGCCACUAUGGUUUCCUUAUCUCUCCCCCUUCCCCGGAUCACAAGAUUGUUAUCGUGUAUAUAUCAUAGCGGGUAGACUCACGCCCACUGGUGGGGCCGAUUGUAAAGAGGUGCUCACUGGUAACGAAUGGUUACUAUUUUUGUAAGGACGUUUCGUCAUUUGUGGGCGGGUGACCUGUUAGCGUGAGCUGGUCAUUAAAAAAAAACGGAACAUUGCCGAUCAAAAGUCGAACGUGAAGUCUCGAGAGCGAGGUAAAAUGUUUAAAGAAAAACACUUAACGAAUUUGUUCAUUUCCGACGAGUGAAAUACAGUGUAAUAUUAAAAAUGAAUGCAGUCAAAUGGUCUUUGUGUUUACUGGCGUGGAGCUUCAGUUUGCUUUUCAUCAUGCCUGCAAGUGGAGGAAGAAUUAUUCGAUAAUAAAUAAUCCAUCCUCUGUAACACA